GGGGGAAAAAAAGUUUCAACAACAACAGGCAGGACCAAUAGCAUCUCGGAAAGCCGGGAAAGGGGGCUGAGCAAAGGGCGAAAGAGAGCGGAGAAAGGAGAAAGCGGGCAGGCUCGGAGCGCGCGGGGCCGGGGCUGGGCGAGCCGGAGGAGCGUUGCUAAUGUUUUUGUUUGUUUGCUUUUCCAUGCAUGCAUAAUGAGGGGGCGCCUCGGCACCACGCGGGGGCUCCCGGCCCACUUUUGUAUUUAAAGCCUCGCUGCGAGCGAGUCCGCUGCGGGGCUCAGCGGAUCCGCUCCCCGGGCUCCUCGUCACCCGAGAAGCCGCCGCAGCAAGGGAAGCCCGGGAGCCGCUCUCCGCCCGCGCCGAGUUUCUUUUUCUCCCCGCGCUGCCCGGAAAGGGCUCCCCAGAGCUCGGCCGAGGCCGGGGUCGCCUCGGGCGGAGGGGGAGGGGACGCGGGCGGCCGGGACGCGGUGCGCGGACGCGAGCCGGGACGCGGCGCGAUGAGAGAGCCCGCGGCGGCGGCGGCGGCGCGGAGCUGAGCCCGGAGGAAGGAGCGGCCGCACAACGGAUCUGCAGGCGCGGAGCAAAAAUGCACCCGCGGCGCUCCGCGGUCCUGCAGCCCCGCCGCGGCCCCGCGGCCCGCAGCCCACCGGGGCGGCAGUGAGCGCCUCCCGCCACCGCCGGGGACCGACCGGAGGGGCUCUUCGCGGCCGUGCUUUUCUAGGAACCCACCGCAGCCGGAACGAGACCGACCUGCGAGCAAGCAGAGCACCAGCCGGCGGCGCGCAUGGAUUUAUGAAAACACUCAUGCAAGAAGUUGGCAGGACUGGGGCAAACUUUUCCACCGGCUCCGCGUCCGCCGCUCGCCGCGCCUCGUCUCCUUCACCCUCCUCGCCCGGCGGCCGCCGCUGCCCGCGAUGGUGGCAGGACUGCUGGGCGGCGGCGGCGGGACCCGCGGGGGGACCGUGCCGGGCGCCUGGCUGUGCCUGAUGGCGCUGCUGCAGCUGCUGGGCUCGGCGCCGCGGGGCUCGGGGCUGGCGCACGGCCGCCGCCUCAUCUGCUGGCAGGCGCUGCUGCAGUGCCAGGGGGAGCCGGAGUGCAGCUACGCCUACAACCAGUAUGCCGAGGCGUGCGCGCCGGUGCUGGCGCAGCGCGGCGGGGGCGACGCGCCGGGAGCCGCCGCCGCCGCCGCCGCCUUCCCGGCCUCGGCCGCUUCUUUCUCGUCGCGCUGGCGCUGCCCGAGCCACUGUAUCUCGGCCCUCAUCCAGCUCAACCACACGCGCCGCGGGCCCGCUCUGGAGGACUGUGACUGCGCGCAGGACGAGAACUGUAAGUCCACCAAGCGCGCCAUUGAGCCCUGCCUGCCCCGGACCAGCGGCGGCGGCGGCGCGGGCGGCCCGGGCGCGGGCGGGGUCAUGGGCUGCACCGAGGCCCGGCGGCGCUGCGACCGCGACAGCCGCUGCAACCAGGCGCUCAGCCGCUACCUGACCUACUGCGGCAAGCUCUUCAACGGGCUGCGCUGCACCGACGAGUGCCGCAGCGUCAUCGAGGACAUGCUGGCCGUGCCCAAGGCGGCGCUGCUCAACGACUGCGUGUGCGACGGCCUCGAGCGGCCCAUCUGCGAGUCCAUCAAGGAGAACAUGGCCCGCCUGUGCUUCGGCGCCGAGCUGGGCAACGGCCCCGGCAGCAGCGGCUCGGACGGGGGCCUGGACUACUACGACGAGGAGUACGACGACGAGCAGCGCCCCGGGGGCGCGGGAAGCGAGCAGCCGCUGGACGACGACGACGGCGCCCCGCACCCGCCGCGCCCGGGUGGCGGCGCUGCUGCGGCGGGCGGCGGCGGCGAUCUGCCCUACGGGCCCGGGCGGAGGAGCGGCAACGGCCACGGCAGCGGCGGGGGUCGGCUGGCGCCCCGAGGCGCCUGGACCCCGUUGGCCUCCAUCUUGCUGCUGCUGCUGCUCCCGUUACUGUUUUAGCCCUCGCGCCCGCCCCCGCCAUCGGCUGCGGGAGAGCCCGUGCCAGGGCACCUGUAGCUCGGGGACGGAAAGGGAUGGUUGGGGAUCGUUGCCAAAAACGUUUUCAAAGUUGACUGUACCUAGCCGGUCUCCCCGCCAUAACUGUUGGCACUUGCCCCGUCUCCUCUCCCGAGCUUGACUUCUUGGACAUCUCCCCUUACCCCUCAUUCCAGGCUCCAGAAACUCCCAACGCGUCUGCCCCGCAGCAGCUGGCGCAGCUAGAGUUCUGGGCGCCUGGCAUGGAACGGGGUGGGGGGGUG